AUGGCGCGUUCCCUCCUCGCCAUCCUCCUAUGCCUCACCCUCGCGACCUCCGCCCUCGGCCGCACGUACGACCGCCCCCACUUGCACCGCAUGCACUCUCGCCGCGGCCUGCAUCGCGUGCGUGACUCCGCAGCCGGUUCGCGGCGCCGUCUCUUCUCUUCCGCGUUCGGCGACGAAGCUUCCUCCAGCGAUCCCAACAGCGACUACAUCGGCUUCGACGAUUUCGUCAGCGGGCCGACCGCUCCCGCUACCGCGCAGCUGAAGGCAUUGUUGGACAUUAAAGCCGCCUGGAAGAGCGGCUUCUACGCAGCUUCCACGUGGAAGGAGGGCAGUACGGACACAUCCGCGUGGGAGGGCCUCGAUAUUGACGACUCUGGGAACGUCGUCAGCAUGCGGCUGGUCUCCGCGGGCGUCGAAGGCCCGCUGCCCGCGGCAUUCGCUGCACUGACGGCCCUCACGUCGCUUGAUCUCCGCCAGAAUAAGCUGACCGGAGAGAUUCCCCGCGGUGUUUUUUCCAAGAUGCCUUACCUUAAGGAGUUCUAUGUGGCUGAUAACAAGCUCUCGGGGCUGUUUCCGUGGAGACAAAUCUUCGGGCAGGCGAAUUCCCCGCUGCAAAUGUUCGAAAUAGACGGCAACGCUUUCACCGGCGGCAUUCCCAACACCCUCUUCCAAAACUCGCCGAAUCUCCAGACUUUCACCGCGAGCGGCAACAAGUUCACCGGGCAGAUGCCGACUGGUUUGUCUGGCUGCCCGCUUCUUUCGGUCAUCGAUUUGUCGGACAACCAGCUGGCAGGCGGAAUUCCAUCCGCAUUCGGCCGGAUGGACGGGCUGGAGGUGUUUGACGUCAGCAACAACCUGCUAACCGGUUACCUGCCGGCGACCUUCGGAUUCUCCACGACGCUCAUGAAUCUUGAUGUUAGCAACAACAAGCUGAGCGGUUACCUCCCCGCAUCGCUAGCCAAUCUCGGCCAAUCGCUGCGGGCCUUCAAAGUGUCGAACAACUACUUCACUGGAGCUAGUGGUAAGGCGGGAUGCCGGUGCAAGGAGGGCUUUGUGGUUUCUGCUGAUGGCAUGACUUGCACCAAGCCAACUGUGGCAUGA